CCCAAGACUUGCAAGUCAUCCCCUCUCACGAGGGGAUGCACUACUUCAACCGCUCCUUCCUCCUCACCCAACUGGGAGGAACCAGCUGGUCACCCUCAUUCUACCACGUGCCCGAGCCCGAACGAUCCCUACUUCCCGAUCGCGGCUACUUCAUCCUCGAAGCGGUCCACGAACCCCUCGGCCCCAUCACUCCAGGCGCCCACGGCUCCCUUGUCACCCCCAUCCUCCGCCUUCCUGAAGUCAACAACCCAACCACACCAAAGCCCGAGUCCAUGCAGAACGCCCCUCUGUUCGUCAAGCACGAUGAGGGCUACGUCUACUACGGAAUGUACACCUUCCUCCGCGCCGACCGCCUCGACAUCGAGCGCUGCGACGCCGUCGUACCCUCUCACCUCAAGGAUUUCUGGGCCGAGCAGUUGACAUCCACACAUCGUCCCAAAUGGGUCACAGAAGCACUGCAAAAACAUCUGCUUCCCCAGCCCACAUACUCUGGCCCUUUACCUGACCAUGCAGAUGAGGAUCAGGUGAAUGCUGGUCUAAGCCGCCACAUGACUGCCAUGGAAGCAUGGCAGCGGGACACUCAUGUCAAAACCGCAUUCCUUCGUCCCGAGAACAUACUUGCCGCAUUCAGCGCUCCAGACACAGGCGCCGAAAUGCCAGGAAUCAGAUUCUGGAAUAUGGGAUUGAGAUGUGAUGGCUGGGAUGAGGGAUUCUACGACAUGAUGGUCAGAGAGGAAGGGACCUGGAAGAAGAACGGAAGUAGAGAUGGAGAAGGUGAGAGAGCGAGAAGGGAAGAGAUGAUGACAAUGCUCAGACCGAGAAGCAAGAGACCUAAGAAGUGGUAGAGACUUCUUUUUGCUUACUAUGCAGAGGACGAGGCAUCUGCUCGAUACGAUCGGGGAGAUGUUGUCAGCUUUGAUUGAUAUGUCAAAUCGACAAUGAGGAUGAAAAACGACCUUCAACGACACGACAUACUCACGACAUAACGAUUCUCACAUUCUCCCAACACUUACGACCCCAUCACGAUACAAUACCAAUCUUGCAUUUCCACCACGAGGAAAAAACAACUACCACUCAAAAAUCUUGCAUCAAUCACCAAGAAAGGCUUUCAUUUCACAUCAAAAGCAACAACCAAAUAUCACAUUCUUGACAGCCCACCAAAGGAGGCUUUUAAAUUGUUGACACCGGAUUCAAACACAAAGCUUGCAAAACAGAGAUGCAAUCACGUCUUUGGAAAGGGAGACAGAGAAAAAGGGACCAAGGCAAAGGCAAAGGCAAAGGAAGAAGAAUAAUUUAUCAAGUUUCUCAUUUCAUAAUUACAAGAAAGAAAAAAG